CAUCACCUACAACACUUUUUCUAUGAGCAUAGUCUUAGACGAGUCCAAAGCCGCAAUCUUUUUCACAGCUAGUUACGUUCAACCACUUCAAAAUGCAUCUAGCAAGCGUCGGACUGAAAGAUUAUUUGAUCAUAGGGUCUCUUACUGGGUUCUUGCGGAUGACGUCGAUGCAGCUUGCGGGUUACAAGCAGAGCGACUUCACAUUUUGGGGGUCCUACGGGACUUGGACGCUUUCGAGCAUUAUUGCUAUUCUUGUAUACACGAUGACGACGUGGCUGUUGGGGUUACCUGAGAAGAUCGGCACAGAACAAGUGUUGGGUGAAGAAGCAGGCAGAGACGAUGGCAACGCUGAGGGUUGGACUACGCCGCAAAAGUAACUUCGGGGAACUCUUCCCCGGCCGAGAGAGCCGAGCGAGGUCUCAAUUCAGACUGUACAAGCUUAGUCUAAGACUAUCCCUGGGUUUUCGUUC